AUGGCCAACACGAGGCUGAAAAUCGGGUUCGAUCUGUUUGAGAUGUUUCCAUCGGUGUUGCCUCUGCAAAUACAUCUUCUUAACUUGCAGACAAUCCAGGUAAUGCCUCAUGAGAAUUUAGACGAGAUCAUUUUAAAUGAUAAAAGAUCUCGAACUCAACUUACAGAAUUCUUUAGGAUGAAUGCUGCCACACCUAAUGGAACGGGCUAUACAUAUGCAGAAUUUCCAGAGCACUAUAAGUGGGAGGGUAAAGAAUGGAAAAAAAGAAGCAACAAGACCGUUGUUGUUGGCAGGCUCACUUUUGUAGCACCUGCUGAAGGGGAACGUUACUUCCUCAGAUUAUUACUGAUGCAUGUGGAUAGCCCGCGAUCCUUUGAUCAUCUCCGAACUGUUGAUGGAUAUAAGUGUGCCACUUUUCAGGAGACGGCUCUGCGGCUGAAAUUGCUAGAGGAAGACAACGCUGUCGACUUGUGCUUAGCUGAAGCGUGUGAAGUGCAAAUGCCGACUGCAUUCCGACAGCUCUUUUCAACAGUGCUGAUCUUCUGCCAGCCAAGUGACCCCAAUGCCCUCUGGUUAAAAUACUACGACGCUCUCUCUGAAGAUUAUAGGCACCAGUUUCCGAGUUCUGACAGCAGGUCAAGGGAGCUCACUGUUAGAUCUGUUGAGCAAUCUCUUGAAGCAAUGGGGAAAUCAUUUAGAGACUUUGGCCUACAACAUUUAAAUGAUUUUCAAGAUGAAGAGUUCAGGCGAACAAAAGACAUUAUCGAUGCACUUGAUGCACCGAUACCUCGGGACUGUAUUGAUGCCCGUAACACAUUAAACCAAGCACAGCAGGAGGCAUUUGACAGCAUUAUUGACCACGUUCUUAAAGGGAAACCUGGUGCAUUAUUCAUAGACGGGCCCGGAGGAACAGGUAAAACCUUCCUAUACAAUGCUCUCUAUGCAGAGGUUCGUUUGAUGAACAAGAUUGUCCUACCAACUGCGACAUCUGGAAUUGCAGCAUCAAAUAUACCUUCUGGGAGGAUUGCUCACUCUCGGUCCACCCCAGGCAAUUUCACAACAACGGCUAUACUGACCCCCCUGAAUGAAGAUGUUGAUGAUAUCAAUGCUACCCUGAUAGACAAAUUCCCUGGAGAAUCUGUUAUGUACAGGAGUUUUGAUACAGUUCUUGAUGAUAAUAGCGCGAUCUAUCCUCCUGAAUUUAUACACACCCUCUGCCCAGGUGGAAUGAGCCCAUACAAGCUCGUCUUGAAGAAAAAUUGUCCAGUUCUUCUGCUUCGCAAUAUCCUUCCUUCGUCUGGCCUGUGCAAUGGGACACGUAAUCUAUCACAAACCUUUUUAUCUGCUUCCUGA